GAGCAAAACCCUAUUUCCCCUCAUCACUGCAUUUUAACAACACAACUACUUAUCCAAAUCGUUUCUCCCCUCUUCCAAUUGUGACAAGUUACUUAUUCCCUCCCUUGCACGCAUAUUAAUCAGAAGCAUCCGAUGCAAUCGGCUCAGUGCUGGUGAGAGGGAAGUGCAGCCUGUGCUGGGUGCCCGUGACGUUUCCGACCAGCUGAGCUGACAACACCCAACUCCCAACUCUUGCGUCGACACUCCAUUGUUUAAAAAACAUGUCUGCCCCAGGCCCCUCAAACACUCCUCCUGUUGCACCAGGACCCUAUGGCAGCAACCGGAAAUUACAGCAGACCCAGGCACAAGUGGAUGAGGUGGUUGAUAUCAUGCGUGUGAAUGUAGAUAGAGUCCUUGAACGAGACCAGAAGCUUGGAGAAUUGGAUGACCGAGCUGAUGCACUUCAAGCAGGAGCAUCACAGUUUGAGACCAGUGCAGCAAAGCUAAAACGUAAAUAUUGGUGGAAAAACUGUAAGAUGUGGGCAAUAUUAAUAGCUGUCAUCCUGAUCAUCAUAAUCAUCAUAAUUGUUUGGCAGACUACAUAAAAACCGACCAGAUUCUUGCCUGUUGAAAAUUGAAGGUGGACUUUAAGGUUUUGACCCAGCA